AGAUACAUACUAGUGUAGCCAAUAAAAUUUUGAAAUUAAGUCAAAUUAAUAGAGGAAUAUAUUUAAAAGCAGGUUAAUAUUUAGGUAAUUUAGAUAGAAUAAUGCCUAAAGAAUAUACUGAUGUUUUAAAAAUACUAUAAGAUAGUGGACCUAGUAUUCCUUUUGAAGAUAUUAAAAUAGUUAUAGAAUAGGAUUUAGGAAAAAUCGAUGAUAUAUUUUCAGAAUUCGAGCCUUAAGCUAUAGCAGCAGCGUCUUUAGCAUAAGUUCAUAGAGCAAGAUUAAAAGAAAAUAAUAAGUAAGUAGCUGUUAAAAUAUAAUUUCCAUUUUUAAGAUCUCAAACUUAUUAUGAUUUAGCUGUAAUAGGGUAUAUAGUGUAAAUUUGUGAUUAUUUAUUGAAAGGAAAUGGUUAAAAUAUAAAUUUACAUGAUUAAUAUGUAAAUUUUAAGAAAGUAUUAUUAGAAGAACUAAAUUUUUAUAAUGAAAAAAAAAACGGGGAAAUAACAAAAAAAUAAUUCGGAAAUUUCUAAAAAUUGUAUAUACCUAAAUAUUUUGACAAAGCAAUAUCAGAAAGAGUACUAACUAUGGAAUUUAUUGAAGGGUGUAAAAUAAAUGAUGUUGAUGGAAUAAAAAAAUUAAAUAUAAAUCCUUAAGAAUGUGCAUAUAUUUUAAUUGAGAUAAUGGGAACAAUGCUGUUUAAAACAGGACAUAUUCAUGCUGAUCCACAUCCAGGAAAUAUUUUCGUUAGAAAGAAUCCUGAUAAUCCUCUUGAUUUUUAGAUUGUACUUUUAGAUCAUGGAUUUUACAUCGAAUCUAGUAAAUAAAUAUAAAAAGAUUUUUCCCUUUUAUGGUAUUCUUUGGUUACUUUUGAUUAUAAAAGUAUGAAAUAAGUUGCUAAUAAUUUAGGGAUAGGGAAACAUUAUAUGUAUUUACCGAUUAUUUUCUUGUUUAGGACAAUGGAGAGCAAAUAAAAACUCGGAUAAAGAAUGACUAAAUAAGAAACAAGGGAUCUAUACACUUAAAAUUUAAUUUCUUUUGAAAAAAUUAGCCAUUUAGUAUCAGAUUUACCCCCAGAAAUGAUUUUUAUGAUAAGAGCAAAUAAUAUAAUUGCUAUUCAUAAUGCUACAUUAGGUGGAACAACAAGAUAAAGAGCAAAAUAAUUCACAAAAUAUAUUAUUUAAGCUCUUUAUGAUAAUAAACUUUAGUAUUUAUAUCAUUAUUGUUUGAUACAUUUAAAAAUAUUUAUGUUUGAACAUACUCAUUUUCUCUUUAAAUGGAUUUUUAAAAAUUCUUAUACAGAUUAAAUUUAAUGA